AUGGACAUUGAGCGGAUAGCUAUUAUUGGCGCUGGCGCCUGUGGGGUUGGCGCUGCAAAGCAAGUUCAGAUGAGACCGUAUUCGGAACGAAAGUUUCAGACCAUCACCAUAUUUGAACAGCGGGACCAUCCAGGUGGUGUCUGGAACUACACUGGUAAUAAAGGGACAGGCGAAAAUAUCACGACAAUUGCCCACCCAACUCCCAGCUCGGUGCCCCAACAGCCAAUCGACGGGACGUUCAUUUCGCCAGUUUACGACUCUUUAGAAACCAACAUCCCGAGUUCCAUGAUGCAAUUCUGCGAUUUCCCUUUUCCGGAUGGAACUGCUUUGUUUCCUUCACAUACUGUUGUCAAGGACUAUCUGCAUAAAUAUGCAGAAGAGUUGCGGGAUAUCAUAAAGUUCCAAUCACUUGUUCUCGAUAUCUCUGUGUCGGCGCGACAGCCGCGCACAGAGUGGACGGUCGCAUGGCGGGAUCUUCAAACCAACCAAGUCUCAAAUGCGAAGUUUGAUGCUGUGAUUGUUGCGAAUGGUCAUCACAAUGACCCCUACGUGCCUGUCAUACCGGGCCUGGCGGAGUGGGACCAGAUGCACCCAGGGUCUAUCAUCCACUCAUCUCUUUACCGCCGUGCAGAUUCUUUUAUCAAUAAGAAAGUUAUCGUGGUAGGCCACUCCGCUUCCGGCAUUGACAUCGCCUCGCAAAUCGGUGAAGUAUCGCAGCACCCGCUACUCAUCUCCGAACGAACAAAAACGACCCUGUCACCUGAAAAGGCAGCAGUCGCCAGGAGUCUUCCUGAAAUUAUGCUCCUUGAUCCCAAGAAUCGCCGAGUGCUGUUCGCGAAUGAUCAUGAAGAGCAGGACGUUGAUCACAUCGUCUUCUGCACAGGAUACCACUUCUCAUUACCCUUUUUGUCAACUCUUCAGCCAAGCAUUAUCACCGAUGGCCAGCGACCACACAAUCUAUACCAGCACGUAUUCUACAUCUCCGAGCCUACAUUGGCUCUCAUUGGAUUUCAACAGCGGAUUGUUCCAUUCGUAAUUAGCCAGGCACAAGGGGCGUGGGUUGCGCGGGUCUUCUCUGGACGACUCAACUUGCCUUCAUAUGCCGAGAUGCAGCGAUGGAUCGAGGAGUGGAAGGCCAAGCGAGGUGAAGGGCGCAUGUUUAAUGUUCUUGGCUUCCCUCUCGAUGCAGAAUAUAUUAAUUCCUUGCAUGAUAAGAGCUCAGCAGCAGUGCAUCGCGAUGGACUUGAAAAACAUGGAAGCGGGAAGCAGCCACCAUUCUGGGGUGAUAAGGAAAGAUGGACACGGGAGAGGGUCCCGUUGAUUAAAAAAGCGUCACAGGCACUGGGCAGUCGACGAAAAGGAAUUACGACCCUUGAGGAACUUGGGUUCAAAUUCGAGGAGCCUUUCGAGGAUGCCGAGUUGAAAAAGGCUCAUCUGUAG